GCAGGCGCACUGACGGCACCGCGCAACACUGUUACUGUACUGAGAGAAGCGUUCAGGGAGACCAAGCAACGCCUAAAACAGACUCUGCUAUGUUGAAAUAAAUUAGAUAUGACUGAUGUGGAGGCAACGUAUGAAGACUUCAUAGCCUCUGGAAGGACCGGCAGAAGGAAUGCAGUGCAUGACAUCCUGGGGGAAUCCGGAGGCCUGGACGCUAGCGGACUCUCACAGACACUUUCAGGGCUUAACGUUAACAAAACAGAUGAAGGGAAUGAUGGUGAGAAAAGCUCGAGCUCGUCAGACUCCGAUCCCAAACCAGAGGGGAGCAAAGCGCAGGGGUAGCGGCCUCCUGUGUGAUUAGGAAGAGAAACUGCUCAUCAGCUCCAUCCUGUGGUGAUUUGAGGACUGGACAUGGCUGAGCAGAUGCACCGGCGCCCCCUGCUGUUCGGCCCUAGACUCAGCCGAGGCUCUGCCUUUACAGCAUCCAGAGGAAAAGCCUGGACUUGUAGCUUCAGCACCGGAUGAUGCGUUAGUCACUUCAGUACCGAUACCAUAGCUGAUAUAGGCACUCUUCUACAGUAGCUAAUCACUCUUAGCUGUUAGCGGUUGAAAUGGAGCUUUCAGACCCUCCGUCCCAGAGCUGAUAAACAUCUGUAGGUGGGGAUUUUUAGGAUCUUCUCAGCGUCUGACUUUCCGUCACGGAGUCACAGAGGGAAACAUUUUAUGAUCCGCAGGUCCACUGCCAAGUUAGCCAUGCUAAUCUGUUCCGUUGUUCUUAAUACUUAUACGUAGUAGUGGUGUUGUUGUAUUAGCCUACGUUUUUAAAUAUUUUAGUAUUCAUUUGGUACUUUAAUUAGGUUUUUUUUUUUUUUCAAUGAAUCUUUAAGCUGAUGUUAUUAUUGAGUAUUGAGCACAAGCAAGAAACCAAGUUUCACACGUUUCUGCUCCGUGACUGUCGGACGAGUCAGAUGUCCCUGAAAAAGAGGUGAACAAACGUGAUGCAUGACACCGUGAUUAUAUUCAAUAUAUUCAGAGAAUAUACAUGUGCAAAUAUGCAGCUGUGUAAAAGUGAGAU